AUGGAGCUGGCGCUGUCCAUGGACUUGCUGCCCUAUGUCAGCUCCACAAUGGAGGGGCCAAAGCCAUGCCCCGGUCCCUGCCCAGGAUGUCUGGACUCUGGCUCUGAACACCCGUAUCUCCGUGUCUCCCCCAGCUCCGUCUCCAACGAGAUCCUGGGCCUGAGGCUGCCGUCGGAGCCGGUGCUGAACGCCAACACGGUGUGCCUGACCCUGCCGGGGCUGACGCGGCGGCAGCUGGAGGUGUGCGUGCGCCACCCCGACGUCACGGCCUCGGCCAUCCAGGGCAUCCAGAUCGCCAUCCACGAGUGCCAGCACCAGUUCCGGGACCAGCGCUGGAACUGCUCCAGCCUGGAGACCAAGAACAAGAUCCCCUACGAGAGCAUCAUCUUCAGCCGUGGCUUCCGGGAGAGCGCCUUCGCCUACGCCAUUGCAGCGGCCGGCGUGCUGCAUGCCGUGGCCAACGCUUGUGCCCUGGGCAAGCUGCAGGCCUGCGGCUGCGACCAGACGCGGCGCGGGGACGAGGAGGCGUUCCGCAGCAAGCUGCACCGGCUGCAGCUGGAGGCCAUGCACCGCGGCAAGGGCAUGGUGCACGGCGUGCAUGUGGAGCCCACGCCGGCUGAGCCGCCGGGCCCCGCCGACGCCUGGGAGUGGGGCGGCUGCAGCCCCGACGUCGACUUCGGGGAGAAGUUCUCCAAGGACUUCCUGGACUCACGGGAGACCUACCGGGACAUCCACUCCCGCACGCGCCUGCACAACAACCGCGUGGGCCGCCAGGUGGUGCUGGACAACAUGCGGCGGAAGUGCAAGUGCCACGGCACGUCGGGCAGCUGCCAGCUGAAGACGUGCUGGCAGGUGACCCCCGAGUUCCGGCGUGUGGGCACGCUGCUCAGGGACCGCUUCUUCGGGGCCACGCUCAUCCGCCCGCACAACCGCAACGCGGGGCAGCUAGAGCCCGGCCACGUGCGGCACCGGCGCCGCGCCGGUGUGGGAGACCUGGUCUACUUCGAGAAGUCGCCCGACUUCUGUGAGCGGGAGCCAGCGCUGGACUCGCUGGGCACCCGCGGGCGCCUCUGCAACAAGACCAGCCCGGGCAUGGACAACUGCGAGAGCCUGUGCUGCGGGCGCGGGCACAACAUCCUGCGCCAGACGCGCAGCGAGCGCUGCCAUUGCAAGUUCCACUGGUGCUGCUUCGUGGCCUGCGACGAGUGCCGUGUCACCGAGUGGGUCAACGUCUGCAAGUAGCGCCCCCCCCAUGCACGGAAAC